AUGAGGAAGGCGGAUCGUCUUGGGUACGGCGCGGGUCUGGACAACGCGGAAAGGGGUUUGGUAAACGUGAGAGGCGAGACGAGGAAGGAGAAAGAGCCGUUGCUGUGGAGCCUGAUGAAUGCUGUCUUGUUGCUUUGCGAUUUGCUGCCCGAUUGUGCAAGGCUUGAAGAUCGAACUGCGCUUCCAGAACACUGCCAUACCGUCGCCCUCCGUGAGACCAGUCGCUACCAGCAGAGCACCGAAAUUCUCAUUCGCAAGCUGCACUUCCAGAGAUUCUGCCAUAUCGCCGCUCGCCGUGAGAUCAGUCGCUACCAGAAAAGCACCGAACUUCUCAUCCGCAAGCCUGCCCUUCCAGCAUCUGCCAUCACCGUCGCUCUCCGUGAGAUACGUCGCUAUCAGACGAGCACCGAGCUUCUCAUCCGCAAUCUGCCCUUCCAGCGUCUAGUCCGUGAAGAUGGAGCCUCCCGCCGGCCUCACCGACACCGGAUAUACGCCUAUUGGGGCGUUUAUAGGAACGAGGCCGCCGGCGAAGCAGAGUCGUGGCUGGCGCAAAGUAGAUGGAAGCUGGAGCUGGAUGGCGUUCUUCGUGUCGAGCAGGAUAGGCACAAUCGAGCGAUCCAGCGUAAAGAGUCAAUUAUAGGCCGCUGGCGUGGAUGGGACUGGACUGUUCGCAGCAGCAACGGCGACAUCACGCCGCUGUUCUACUCUUUGGACCUGCUGAAGAACUUAGUAUCGUUAUCUAUUUGCGAGGGGGAUUACCGGAUAGCCCUGGCUGCGUGCGCGGUUCAGAACGAGAGCCGUCGCAAUGAUCGCCAUCGAAGAGCUCCGAAGAAUGUGGAGUUGAUGGCCAUAGAUGUUCAGAAUGCCAUGAAAGCCCUCAAAGAGAGGCAGGCAAGAACAGCAGCAGCAACAACAACAGCACCACCACCACGACGCUCUCGCAGCCGAGAAAUCGAGCUGCCGAGAAGUGCAGCUCCAGAGCCCGAAAUGGGCCAAUCUUCACCAUUCGACACCAAUCCGCUCGCCACGCCGCCGCCUCGCCAUUCGUCGCCUGCUCCUCCUCCCAUGAACUCUUCGCCGCCGCCGCCUCCACCACCACAACUUCUUGUAGUCCGCUCCCCCUCCCCCGUCUCUGAUGGCUUAGGAGGCUUCGAAGCCCAAAGCCCAGCAAUGCCACAAUCGGCAUUCGAAAUGCCAGGGCCAGAGCCAGAGCCAGAGCCUCAAGAGCCUGAGCAUGAUGCAGCACCACCACCACCACCAACAACACCAGCGCCACAAGAGCGUGGCAAGAAGCGAGCCGCCGAAAGUCCCUUGACCAGGGCACCGCAGCCGCAGCAGCAACAGCAAGCCCCCAUCAUGGUGGGCUCUCAAUGGGGCAGCGUCGCCCACAACAUCCAGAUGCAGGACCAAGCCCACCUCGACCAUCUCUGGUCGAUAUACACGAAUGCGCCUUCGGGCAGUGAAGAGGAGGCUCGAGCUCUGGCGAGCUGGCAGGAGAGCAAGACGUUUGCGCUGCGUCUGCAGCACAUGAUGGAAGAGGCGCCGAGAGAUUGGCGCGAGCAGCAGGCUUCUGGGGUGUAUCGUUUUGAUCCGGCGGGUAUGAAUUAA